AUGGAGGUGAUUGACUUGAGAUCGUUCAGGGUGCAGCUGCAGCCGUGCAAGCUCGUCCUCGCCAGCGUCCGCGACAGGUCCUCCAAGGACAGCGACCGCAGGUUCAUCAACGUGCACCGCCGCCGCACCGACCUGGGACCCAACCACGGCUCCGCACCCCGACUAUUUCUCCUCAUCGGCGCCGCCGCCCCGCCCGAAGCACACGAAGAGGACCCCGCCCCUCCAAGUUGUCGUUGUCAACCAAGGCCCGCCCUACACAGCAUCGACUUCAAGGCCGGAAAGAAUCCCUGUCGGAGAGAAUCCCCACGUUGCUACAUGAGUAUCCUCCCAGGCCGGAAAGAAAGGCAUCUCCGGGUUCCAAUGGUUGGUACGAUUUCCGUGAACUAA